UAGCGGGGACGCUCCAGGCCCAGCAGCAGGCCCUCGGCUAAAAAGCGUCUCUGUCAAAGAUCUUUCAAUCCUUUCAUCGGCGAUCUUAAAUCCAUCUUUGCCGUGCAGGUAAGUUUCAGAUCUCCGUUAUGGGAGUUUGUGUUGGUAGAGACGGGCUCUAUAUCUUGUUCAUGUUCGUUCUAGUCAUUGUUACGGAUCUCGUGCUCUGCCGCACGCUCCCAGGUGAUCCAGAUCCAUGCGACUCGACGACGAGCCAGAGAGAAUUCGAGAAACUCAGAUCGGAUCAGCUAACCGUUCUAAUCAACGGUUACUCUGAAUCUCGGAUUCCUCUCUUGCAGACCAUCGUGGCUUCAUACUCUGCAGCCUCAAUCGUAUCUUCAAUCUUAGUCCUAUGGGGUAACCCUAACACAGCUGAUCAUGUACUUGACCAGUUAUACCAAAAUCUAACUCAGUAUUCGCCUGGAACCGCUUCAAUCUCUCUCAUUCAGCAAUCUUCGAGCAGCCUCAACGCUAGAUUCCUCCCUCGCUCCUCCGUGGACACUCGUGCUGUUUUGAUAUGUGACGAUGAUGUCGAGAUUGACCGGAGAUCUCUGGAGUUGGCGUUUUCCGUGUGGAAGUCAAAUCCUGAUCGCUUAGUUGGACCGUUUGUGAGAUCACAUGGUUUCGACUUGCAGGGAAAAGAGUGGAUUUAUACUGUUCAUCCAGAUAAAUACUCGAUUGUGCUGACUAAGUUUAUGGUUAUGAAACAAGAUUAUCUCUUUGAUUAUAGCUGCAAAGGAGGUCUGGAGAUGAAGGAGAUGAGGAUGGUUGUGGAACGAAUGCGUAACUGUGAGGAUAUUCUCAUGAAUUUUGUAGUUGCUGACAAGUUAAGAGCAGGGCCGAUCAUGGUUGGAGCUGAGAGGCUUAGGGAUUGGGGAGAUGCCCGAAACGAAGAAGAAGUUGGUGAGGGAGUAAGAGAUGUGGGAUUGAGUAGUAGGAGAGUGGAACAUAGGAAGAGGAGAGGGAAGUGUAUUAGGGAGUUUCAUAGAAUCAUGGGGAAGAUGCCACUGUUGUAUAGUUAUGGUAAGGUUGUGAACUCUGUUGGGGAACAAGGGCUGUGUCGUAAAGCCGGGAAGCUUGUCUUUUGUGACCGAGAUUGAACGCUUUUUUUCUCGAAACAGUUUUUCUAAUUAUGCGUCAGAAUCUCGACCUAAAAGGAUGUGGAUGUGCAAGUUCAUCAUGGAAGCAGAACAUCAUCUCAUCAUGGAAGAGUGUUGUGUCGAAAGCUAUGAUUG